ACAUUAUUUUAUUGGUUUUAAAUUUGUGUUCCUUUUACUGAGAAAGUUUUCCGAAGCAUUUUUUUCUUUUUUUUUUAAUUCUCUGAUUUGACUUGUUGAUAUCUAUUUUAUAUAAUCAUUCAUUUUAAUUCUUCCAUGCUUUGGUUGACUUUUUAAAAUUUGAUUUUUAUUUAAUUAUUUCAUUUGCUUAUACUUUCAAAUACGAAUUUUUUUUACAGAAUUAAUAAUUUUAUGAUUACAAGCAGACAUUUUAUUUUGUGAAGAUAUAAUAUUUUUUUUUCUGCUAUUAAAAUCUCGGAACUCCAUAUCCAGUCUCCAAACUGCUGACACUUUACCUGUAUGCUUUAAGUUUAAUACUAUGAAUAAUGCAAACAAGCAGAUUUGUUCCUCAAUAUUAAUGAAUACAUCUUCAGAUUUAACUCCAAAAAGGAAAGCUUCAUUUAAAGGUUCAACGUCCGCAAUGAUGUCUAUUUCUGAAGAGAAUUCAACUGAGAGAGAGAAAACUAACACACCUCGUCUAAGAAAUCCUUUUGAUGUUAAAGCUGAAUCAUUAUAUUUCCAUUCAUGUUCUCCAUUUUUUGCCACCCUGUCUAGAAAUAAAAAAGAUGAUGGAACAUUUCGAUGGUCUAUAGAACAGCUCUCUGUUCUUUGUCCUGCUGAUAUUGACGAAACUUCUAUGCCAGACAUUUGUGUUGAUGCUGAACAAGAAAUGAAAGCCCAGGAAGCAAUUGAUACAUUUUUUUCUCAAAACAGCAUUGUGCCAUCUCCUUGGAGUGAUCCUUCUGAUAGUGGAGGAAGGUUAGAUGUGAAAGUUAGAAGAAUGAAUCACAUGGUGCAUGACCGACCUGUAACUAGCUGCUGUGAUACUGCCACUCAAACUGCUUUAAGCAUUCCACCUGAUGUAGAUCUGAAGUCGAUAUUAGGUCAAUACUUCACAUUUAACGAUGAAGAAGAAAGUUUCUCUAGUCGAGAAAACUCUAGAGAGGAAGUAGAAGUUUUAAGUGCUUCUUCUUUAAGGCGGAAACUUUUUACAACUGAGGAAGAAUGUAUAUCUCCACCCAGGACAGAAAAUAAAAAUCUCUUCAGAGCUAGAUUGUGGAGUACACCUACCUCGAAAAUGCACAGUAAUCAUUCCACACCGGCUUCAGAUGUGCUCUCAUCCAGCCCAAUAACUCCACCAAAUUGUAGUGAAUCCUGCAAUAUUUUGUCGUCACCGCCAGUUUCUCCCAUUACUGCAGAUCGUCUGUGUACAAGUGUCCAAAUGAAGUCAUUUGAUGAACAAAAUAAUAGUGAAAUCUAUUAUUCUCCCCAAAAUUGUCCUGCUGCACCAGAAACUGCAAUGAGUUUUCUAACUGAAUCUCAAGAAGUGAAUUCUUUUCCUGCAUCCACUUCUGAAAAGCAGGAUACAGGAUAUGUAACUGGGAGUAUAAGUUCUUCACAAAACAUGAAUUUUUCAGAAGUAAACAAUGCACUUGUAUCCAGAAUUACUCCUGUUACAGAACUCAUGGAGGACUGUGAACUUUCAAGCUCUGCCUGUGAUAUGUCGUACAGAAAUACUUGUCCAUCGAUUUGUGAUAGCAUAUCUUUCGAUGGAUUUAAAACUGGACAAACUACCUCGUGCACUGAAAAAACACAUCCAUGGCUUCCAACAUGUUCUUCCACUCCUGCUCCAGGAUUUCAUAAUGUGUGAUUCAUUGUUAAUAUUAUUAUUUUUUUAUGUGUAUGUUGUACUAUGUGUUUGGCAAAAAUUUACUUGUAUGAAUCUAAUAGUUUAUAAAUUAAACAUAUCACUUAUGUGUUCAUUCUUUUUCA